AAUUUGUAGUUUUUCUACAUUAUGGAAUCUGUUUAUAAAUUAAAAGUGGUUGGUGGGUUAAAUUUUACCGAAAGAAAGUGUAUUUUUUCACUUGAUGGAAAAUUAUUGUUGACUAUUGCUACAAAUUGUAUUCUUAUUUUUGUUGUCGAUGAUGGUUCUCCUUAUGGAACACUUACUAUCACCUCAGAUGAAAAUAAGAGUUCCAGGAAGAGCUCUUUUGCUGAAGAUAUUUGUAAUAUUGUUCUCAAUCCAUAUUCACCUGAAUCUUCGGUAAUCAGUUUCACCAACCGUGGCAGGAUUACAUUUUGGAAUUAUCUAAAAGUUAAUCAAAUUAAAGAGUUCAAUAUUUUCUCUUCUCUUUAUCCUGAUAUUCAAUCUUCGUUGACUCUUCUUUAUGGACUUGUGGUUAAACCCGAAAAUGAUGAUGACAACAUUUCAGAUUUAACCAUUUAUCAUGCAACCAUGUUUUGUGAUAAACCAUACCUUUAUUAUUGUACUAUUGGGCAAAUCGAGCAAAUGACCAAGUCAUGUGUUUCCAAAGAUAAACCGAGGAAAUCAAAAGCCGGCUCUCAAGUUUCACUUGAUAGGCUGAAAUCUAUGGCUACUAACAUUCGAUAUGAUCCUGAUCGUGCUUUGGUUGGUAUUGUUACAGGAGCUAGAAAUAAGUUUCUAGCCGCAAUUGACGGAAAUUUCAUCAAUAUAAUCCAUCUUCCUUACUCGACAUCCACUGGAGGUAUUGCUCACAAACAAGCUCGUAAUUUCUUCACAUGCUUAACAGCUCAUGCAACAGAGUAUCUUCUAGCUGCUGGCGACUCUCUUGGACGAGUACAUAUCUAUCGAGAAGAUUUCUGCUUUUCUCAUCAACCAAUUAGAAGUAUAACUCACUGGCAUCAUUCACCAGUUGCUGAUUUAUGUUUCUCGCCAUCUGGGUCUUACCUUUACUCAGGUGGAUUUGAAUCAGUACUAGUUCGGUGGGAUAUUUCUUUCAGUCAUGAAAACAAUUUCUAUCCUAGAUUGGGCUCUCCAAUUCGAUAUGUGAUCUGUGAUAGUUUAAAUCAAAAAAUUUUGACCUGCCAUGAGAACAAUACUUUUCAUUGUGUUGGCUCAACUUUUGACGUAAAUUUUCCUGCUCUCGGUGGUCUUACUCUUUUACCGCCAACAGAUUUUCUUCGAGCUCCACAAAACAUUUCUUGGGAUCCAAAAUCAUCCAGCAUCGUGUUAAGGGGAAAAUGUGGCCAUCUUCAGUUCUAUUCACCCUUCAAGGAACAACAACUAUUCCAGUUAGACGUAGUUGGUAUGAACUAUUUGCCACCAGAAGUAGAUCGGGUAAUCAUAAAUGUUGAUGUCGCUCGUUUCUGUGUCUCUUCCAAUGGCGAGUGGAUAUCAACACUUGAAUAUCGUGAGGAUGGUGUUAUGAUGCCAGAGAUGAGACUAAAGUUUUGGCAAUAUCUUGAUUCUUCGGAAAACAAAUAUAAAUUGAAUUCCUGCAUACAUUUACCUCAUAAGAAACCUGUUAAUAAGAUGAAAUUUUCGCAAGACUCUAAUUUUAUGGUCACAACUAGUAGGGAUACCGAAUUCAAAAUUUGGCAUCUUGUCAAAGAAGAUUCUGGUAAACCUGAUGGCAAAACAUAUUGGAUUUGUGGACGAGUGGGCAAUUUGAAUAGAUUUUCAACGCCCGAAGAAAUAGCAGUCUCAUCUGAUUUUUCUUUGUUAGCAAUUUCUUUCGGCUCUAAUGUAACUAUUUGGGAUACAAGUGACUACAAUCUCGAAUCUAGAGGAACCUUUGUUCCACCAAAAGACUCUCAUCUCAGUUCGAUUGACCAAACUAUACUAUCAAUUGGUUUUGGUAGUGAUAUUCAAUCCAAUUUGCUUUUUGAAACUCGUUCUUCAUCAGUCAGGGUUUGCGAUCUCUUGAAUUACUCAGUUAAACAACUUUGGAAACCACCUAAAAAUACUUAUAUCAAAUUCAAUCUUUAUGAUGAUCAAAAGAAUAGAAUGGCAUGUUAUUUAACUAAUGGAACAGUCGUUUUACUUGACACGGAGAAGGAAAUAGCUAAGAUCACCUUAUCCCAUGCUACAGCUGAUGUACGUUUGAUGGUUUGUGGGAUAUUUUUCCCUCUUCCAAGAGUUUCAGAUGAUCCCAUCUUUUCGCAUCAUGGAAUGAUUUUGAUUGAUCAAUCACAAAAGGUUUAUGCAAUUGGAUUAUCUGACAAUAAAGUUGAAGAACUGAGUCUAAGUGGGCCAAUCGAUGACGAGUUGGAUGAAAAUUUAACUCCAUUCGCAAGGAUGUGUAAGGAAGAGCGAUAUAAAGUGAAAAAAGAAGAAAAGUUAAAACAAUUGGAGCUCAAUCAAUAUCUUGGACCUUCAAUUACUCGUAAAAAAUUGAUUGAAGAUGUAUUUAUCAAGGUUUCAUCUCAUAUUUUACCUCCUGUUGAAAAAUUUUGUACUUCAUUUUUAACCUCUUUGCUGCAACUAAACUCUUCUAAUAGUAGUAACGACAAUGUAAAAGAAAUAGAUAAAUAUUCUGAUGCAAAAGCUUCAGAUGACUCUAGUGAUGAAGAAAUUGAUGAAAAAUCUAAGGUUAAAGAAACAAACGAUCAAGUACCAAUGGAAGUGGACAAUGUUUUAGACGAAAAACCUGAAUUCGUCUUUAAUGAAAACUAUGAUUGGUUAAAAGAUUAAUUAUUUUUAUUGUGUUGGCUUGAGUGACAAAUCAAGUCAUCUUUAACACCCACCUCUGUAUAAUUGACCUCAAAUAUAUUGAAACUUUUCGUUCAUUAAUGACCAGUAAAUCUUUGAAAUUAUGAA